AUGGUGGGAGAAGGAGAGGCUCUGGUGGCGUGCAGUGACAAGAGCAUGAAAAUUGGGGUCAAGGUGUGGGACUUAGCCACUGGACAAAACCUUCUUCACAUUCCAACCUGUGCCUCGCCACCUUUCGGCUUCUUGUGCUUGAGAAAUCGCUUUCUCGUCGCUUCGCAAAUAAACAAACACGGCUCUGUUGGCGACGGAGCCAUUGUUGUGUGGGCCUUGAACAAGCCUCAACAGCCACUUUUGAAUUACACAGUGGAAGCUAUUGGGCCACUUUCUUGCACAGAAGAUGGCAUAUACCUUGUGGGAGGAGCUUUGUCUGGAAAUGCUUAUCUCUGGGAUGUGACCAGUGGAGAAUUGUUGAAGACUUGGAGUGCUCAUAAUAGAUCUUUAAAUUGCAUGCUAUUUUCAAAUGACAAUUCUUUUCUUAUUUCUGGUUCAGAUGAUGGUAUGAUCUGUGUUUGGUCAAUGAUUAGUCUGUUAGAUGUAGAAAAAACAGGAAGCUUGCCUUCUCCAUUACAUUGUUUGCCAGGGCACAAGUCCUCCAUAACAGGUCUUUUAACUACACCCAGUAGUUACUUCUCAAUAUUGGUAUCGAGCUCCCUUGAUGGCACAUGCAAGGUUUGGGAUUUUAUCUCAGGAAGACUUGAGCAAACUCAAAUUUAUCCUUUGGCAAUAACUUCCAUUGCCCUUCACCAUAGGGAAAGGCUCUUGUUUUACGGAACAGAAAAUGGAACAAUAAUUGUCAACAAGCUUGAUGUUGGUCUGGAAGGAGGUCCUUCCGUUGUCACAGUAGGCCAACCACUUGAAUUGAAAGGACACAAUGGAGCCAUUACUGCCUUGACCUCCACUCAGGUAGGCCUAAUUUCUGCCUCUGAAGACUGCACAGUCUGCGUAUGGGAUAUCAUCAGCUGGGAAAUCAUUCGAAGGUUCAGCCUUCAAAAAGGGAAAGUAACUAAUCUUGUGGUAGUUCCGCGAUCCUCAGUACUCUCUACAUCAAACCAACGGAGAGUCUCCAAUCAAUAUCCUAUUUCUCCACUUAACAAGUAUCCUCAGCUGAUCAACUUAUCCAAGGGAACUACCACUCUCCUUUCCUUACGUCGACUCUACAAAGAAAACCAAACUUGCAUUGAUUUGAGAAGUACUGGUUUUUCGAGACAGAAGAUUUCUGGUUCACAGAAAGCAGAUAUGCCUGUGGCCAUGACCAUACAAAUGAAAGUGGACACAGAAAUACAGAACCGUGUAUGGGCAACAAACAUGGCAAAGCACGUCAUGGUGAUAAACAAACAGUUGCAGUCACAAUUGUUGGAACUGAUACAGCGCAGAUUGUUCUGUCCAAACAACAUCAAUUUUCGAAAAACUAGUAGGAAAAAGCUCAAAAUUCAGAGUCUUGAACUGGAAGAGGAAAAUCAGAAACCUUAA